AAUAAGAAACAAGGUUGUAAAAAUGAAGAAGUUCUGGCUGUACUUGGUCAUGAAUUGGGUCACUGGAAAUUAGGUCACACUGUCAAAAAUAUUAUCAUCAGCCAGAUGAAUUCCUUCCUCUGCUUCUUCUUGUUUGCUGUGCUAAUCGGUCGAAAAGAACUCUUUGCUGCAUUUGGUUUCUAUGAGACCCAGCCUACCCUGAUAGGCUUGAUGAUUAUUUUCCAGUUUAUUUUUUCACCUUACAAUGAGGUUCUCUCAUUUUGUUUGACUGUAUUAAGCCGACGAUUUGAAUUUCAAGCAGAUGCAUUUGCCAAGGAACUUGGGAAGGCUAAAGACCUAUAUACAGCUUUGAUCAAGCUGAACAAAGAUAAUUUAGGAUUCCCUGUUUCUGACUGGAUCUUUUCAAUGUGGCAUUACUCCCAUCCACCCCUUUUAGAAAGACUUCAGGCCUUGAAAGAUGCAAAGCAAGAGUGA